UAUUACAGGGUUAAAAGACACCCAGAACAUGGAUAACGCAUUCGAAUUCGGAGUUCUUUUCAUUCUUCUGAAAGAUUUCAACUCCUUUCACUGCCAAAAUGGGAACCAGUAAAGAGAUUCGGAUUUUACUUCUAAACGAAAUGGAAAAGCUAGAAAAGACACUCUUCAGACUGGAACAAGGAUUUGAACUACAAUUCCGAUUAGGCCCAACUUUACAAGGAAAAGCAGUUACUGUAUAUACAAAUUACCCUUUUCCUGGAGAAACAUUCAAUCGAGAAAAAUUCCGCUCCCUAGAAUGGGAAAAUCCAACAGAAAAAGAAGACGAUUCUGAUAAAUACUGUAAACUUAUUCUUCAACAGUCUGGAUCAUUUCAGUAUUACUUCCUCCAAGGAAAUGAGAAGAGUGGUGGAGGUUAUAUAGUUGUGGAUCCUGUUCUGCGUGUCGGUGCUGAUAACCACAUAUUACCUCUGGACUGUGUGACUCUACAGACAGUUUUAGCCAAGUGUUUGGGACCCUUUGAUGAAUGGGAAAGCAGACUUAGGGUUGCUAAAGAAUCAGGUUACAACAUGCUCCAUUUUACCCCGCUGCAGACUCUUGGACUGUCUCGAUCAUGCUACUCUCUAUCGGAUCAGUUAGAAUUAAAUCCUGACUUUUCAAGACCAAAUAAAAAAUAUACCUGGGAUGAUGUUGGACAGCUAGUGGAAAAAUUGAAAAAGGAAUGGAAUGUACUUUGUAUUACUGAUGUUGUCUACAAUCAUACUGCUGCUAACAGUAAAUGGAUCCAAGGGCAUCCAGAAUGUGCAUAUAAUCUUGCAAAUUCUCCACACUUGAAACCUGCCUGGGUCCUAGACAGAGCAUUUUGGCAUUUAUCCUGUGAUGUUGCAGACGGGAAAUACAAAGAAAAAGGAGUACCUGCUUUGAUCGAAAAUGAUCAACAAAUGAAUUGCCUUCGAAAAAUAGUUUGGGAGGAUAUUUUCCCAAAAACUCAACUCUGGGAGUUCUUCCAAGUCGAUGUUUACAAAGCAGUUGAGCAAUUUAGAAGACUUCUUAUACAAGACAAUAGGAAAAUAACAAAGUCUGAUCCAAUGGAACAUCUAAAGAUAAUCCAAGAUCCUGAAUACCGACGACUUGGCUGUACUGUAGAUAUGAACAUUGCACUAGCGACUUUCAUACCACAUGACAAAGGGCCAGCUGCAAUUGAUGAAUGCUGUAAUUGGUUGAGUAAGCGAAUUGAGGAAUUAAAUGCAGAGAAGCUUCAACUCAUGAACUACCAUCAGGAGCAGGCUGUUAACUGCCUAUUGGAAAAUGUGUUUUAUGAACGACUGGCUGGCCAUGGUCCUAAACUAGGACCUGUCACUAGAAAAUAUCCUUUAGUUACCAGAUACUUUACUUCUCCGUUUGAAGACAUGACCCUGGCUGCAGAAGAGUCUAUGAGUCAUCUCCCAGACAGAGCUUGUUUUCUGAUGGCAUAUAACGGAUGGGUCAUGGGAGAUGAUCCUCUUCGAAAUUUUGCUGAACCAGAUUCAAAUGUGUAUCUAAGAAGAGAACUUAUUUGCUGGGGAGACAGUGUUAAGUUACGCUACGGGAAUAAACCAGAGGACUGUCCUUAUCUUUGGGCACACAUGAAAAAAUACACCGAAAUCGCUGCAACGUAUUUCCAAGGAGUGCGUCUGGACAACUGCCACUCAACGCCUCUUCAUGUAGCUGAGUACAUGUUGGAUGCUGCUAGGAAAUUGCAACCCAAUUUGUAUGUAGUAGCCGAACUGUUCACAGGAAGCGAAGACCUGGACAAUAUCUUUGUUACUAGACUGGGCAUUAGUUCCUUAAUAAGAGAGGCGAUGAGUGCAUAUAACAGUCAUGAGGAGGGCAGGUUAGUUUAUCGAUAUGGAGGAGAACCUGUGGGAUCCUUUGUCCAGCCCUGCUUGAGGCCUUUAAUGCCAGCUAUUGCCCAUGCUCUGUUUAUGGACCUUACACACGACAAUGAGAGUCCCAUUGUGCAUAGAUCAGUAUAUGAUGCUCUUCCAAGUUCCACAAUUGUCUCUAUGGCGUGUUGUGCUAGUGGAAGCACUAGAGGCUAUGAUGAAUUAGUGCCUCAUCAGAUUUCAGUGGUUUCUGAAGAGCGGUUUUACACUAAGUGGAACCCUGGAGCAUCGCCAUCCAGUACAGGUGAAGUUAAUUUCCAGAGUGGCAUUAUUGCAGCCAGGUGUGCUAUCAAUAGACUUCACCAAGAGCUUGGAGCCAAGGGUUUUAUUCAGGUGUAUGUGGAUCAGGUGGAUGAAGACAUAGUGGCGAUAACCAGGCACUCACCUAGUAUCCAUCAGUCUGUUGUGGCUGUGUCCAGAACUGCGUUCAGGAAUCCCAAGACUUCCUUUUACAGCAAGGAAGUACCACAAAUGUGCAUCCCUGGCAAAAUUGAAGAAGUAGUUCUUGAAGCUAGAACGAUUGAAAGAAGUACAAAACCUUAUAAGAAGGAUGAGAAUUCAAUCAAUGGAAUGCCAGAUAUCACAGUGGAAAUUAGAGAACAUAUUCAGCUUAAUGAAAGUAAAAUUGUUAAACAAACUGGAGUAGCUACAAAAGGACCCAAUGAAUAUAUUCAAGAAAUAGAAUUUGAAAACCUAUCUCCAGGAAGUAUUAUUAUAUUCAGAGUGAGCCUUGAUCCACAUGCACAAGUUGCUGUUGGAAUUAUUCGAAAUCAUCUGACACAAUUUAGUUGUCACUUUAAAGCUGGGAGCCUUGCUAUUGACAACGCAGAUCCUAUAUUAAAAAUUCCUUUUGCUUUUAUUGCCUCUAAAUUAACUUUGGCUGAGCUAAAUCAGUUACUGUACCGAUGUGAAUCAGAAGAACAAGAAGAUGGUGGCGGGUGCUAUGACGUACCAAAGUGGUCACCCCUUAAAUAUGCAGGUCUUCAAGGGAUGAUGUCUGUGUUAGCAGAAAUAAGACCCAAGAAUGACUUGGGGCAUCCUUUUUGUGAUAACUUAAGAUCUGGAGAUUGGAUGAUAGACUACGUUAGUAACCGGCUUAUUUCACGAUCUGGAACUAUUGCUGAAGUUGGCAAAUGGUUGCGGGCUAUGUUCUUCUACCUGAAGCAGAUUCCACGUUACCUUAUCCCAUGUUACUUCGAUGCUAUAUUAAUUGGUGCAUACACCACUCUUCUGGAUGUCGCAUGGAAGCAGAUGUCAAGCUUUGUGCAGAAUGGGUCAACCUUUGUGAAACACCUCUCGCUGGGUUCGGUUCAGAUGUGUGGAGUAGGAAAAUUCCCUUGUCUCCCACUUCUUUCACUGUCACUUACUGAUGUGCCGUACAGAGUAAAUGAGGCCAUGAAGGAAAAGGAGCAAUGUUGUGUUUCACUCGCUGCAGGCUUACCUCACUUUUCGUCUGGUAUUUUCCGCUGCUGGGGAAGGGAUACUUUCAUUGCUCUUCGAGGUCUGCUGCUGAUUACUGGACGCUAUUUAGAGGCCAGGAACAUUAUUUUAGCAUUUGCUGGUACCCUGAGACACGGUCUUAUUCCUAACCUCCUUGGUGAAGGAACUCACGCCAGAUACAAUUGCCGGGAUGCUGUGUGGUGGUGGCUGCAGUGUAUCCAAGAUUACUGUAAAAUAGCUCCAAAUGGAACAGACAUUCUCAAGUGCCCAGUUGCAAGAAUGUAUCCCACGGAUGAUUCUGCUCCUUUGCCUGCUGGCAUGCUGGAUCAGCCAUUGUUUGAAGUAAUACAGGAAGCUAUGCAAAGACAUAUGCAAGGCAUACAAUUCCGUGAGAGAAAUGCUGGUCCACAGAUAGAUCGGAACAUGAAAGAUGAAGGUUUUAAUAUCACUGCGGGAGUUAAUGAAGAAACAGGAUUUGUGUUUGGAGGAAAUCACUUAAAUUGUGGUACAUGGAUGGAUAAAAUGGGAGAGAGUGACAAAGCUAGGAACAGAGGCAUCCCAGCCACUCCCAGAGAUGGGUCUGCUGUGGAAAUUGUGGGCCUGUGUAAAUCUGCAGUGCGCUGGCUGCUGGAAUUAUCCCAAAAAAAUAUCUUUCCUUAUCAAGAAGUCACAGUAAAAAGACAUGGAAAGCUUGUCGCUGUCUCCUAUGAUGAAUGGAAUAGAAAAAUACAAGGCCACUUUGAAAAGCUAUUUUAUGUUUCUGAAAAUCCUUCAGAUCCUAAUGAAAAGCAUCCUAAUUUAGUUCACAAGCGUGGGAUAUACAAAGAUAGUUAUGGAGCCACAAGCCCUUGGUGUGACUACCAGCUCAGACCAAAUUUCACUAUAGCAAUGGUUGUAGCCCCAGAACUCUUUACUGCAGACAAGGCAUGGAAAGCUCUGGAGAUUGUGGAAAAAAAAUUGCUCGGUCCCCUUGGCAUGAAAACUUUGGAUCCAGAUGAUAUGGUUUACUGUGGAAUUUAUGACAAUGCCUUAGAUGAUGACAACUACAACCUUGCUAAAGGUUUCAAUUAUCAUCAAGGACCUGAGUGGCUGUGGCCCGUUGGUUAUUUUCUUCGUGCAAAAUUAUAUUUUUCAAAAUUGAUGGGUCCAGAGGCUAAUGCAAAGGCUGUGUUUUUGGUUAAAAAUGUUCUUUCCAGACAUUAUGUUCAUCUUGAAAGAUCCCCUUGGAAAGGACUUCCAGAGCUAACCAAUGAGAAUGGCCAAUACUGUCCUUUCAGCUGUGAAACACAAGCCUGGUCAAUUGCUUCUAUUCUUGAGACACUUUAUGACUUAUAGUUGAUUCAUGAAUAUUUAUUAAGUAUGCAAUCACUUUGUGUUGUAGACUGAAGUUCACCAUAGAAUGUAAAUGGAAAAUCCUUGUAUGUGCAGACUCCAGUCAAAAUCUUACUUAAUAACCGUACCCAUUUAGAGACUGUCAAAGCAUUGGUUUUUAAAAAUUUUUCUUGGUUUUAAUGUACAGAUUUAGCUUUUAAUUUGAAUCAGAAAGAAGUCUUACCAUUACCAAUGUAAUGUUUUUAUUUUCAAUUCAGGAAAUUCAAGUGCCUAGAAAUCCAGAGUUUAAAAAGAAAAAUCAUGUAAUCUCUUGUUUGUACAUAAACAGAAAUAAAACCUAAAAAUCUAAUAAUGAAAGAAAUGGGAAAGGUAUCUUUAAAUUGGUUUUUAAGUUUUCUUCAGUAACCAUACAUACUGACCAGACUCGGCUUCAUCACCUCAUUACUAUAGUAUUCUUAACACAUCGCACACUGCAUUCAGCAUCAGCUAGAUUAAUGUUUUCAGUGAUGGAAGUAUCCACCUACAACAUUUGUUCAUGAAUGAAGCUAUUUUUUUCACUAAUACAUUACUAUGUGUUUUUAAUAUAAUAAAUGCCAGUAGGAUUCUUAACAUGAUUUACUUGUGCUAAUGAUGCAUAGCACCAUAAUUCAUCUAUGAAAAAAACCAAAACAAAAACCACAACAUUAGAAAACUGUAUUCCCAAUGAUGAGGGUAGCAAAUGUACAAAUGUGCUUUAUACAAUUGAUGUAUGUAUGGAUUGUGAUAAGAAUUGUAUGAGUCCCCAAUAAAAUGAUUUUAAAAAAAUGUAUUCCCUAAAAACAGUAUUGUAAAAUUAGUCCAAUUUAGUUUCCUAUUAUGAGAUUGUUUACCUCUUCAAAGUACAGAUUGUUAUUUAUGAAACUUUAAGGGAAAAUGAAUGUUAUAUUAAUUCUCUAAAACUUAGCAACUAUUUUUAAUUUGUCUAUAAAAGUUAAUUGAUAGAAUAUAGAUUAUUCUAAAGUAGAUACUAGCUUUAUGUUUGCCCAAACCUACAUUGACAAGUUUAGAGAAAACUGAAAUAAAUUUAGAAAAAUUUUAAUAUGAAGAAAAUAAAUGAAUCCAGUAGUUACAGGAAUUCAGUAAAAUCUCAUGAAAUGUUUUUCAUGUUACAUUUUUUUAAGAUUGCUUAAAUGUGAAAAGGAUUUCAAAGCUUUUAUGAGUUGACAUUUUAUAGUACAUAUUUUCUAAAUGGACUUGUUUUUCAACGGUAAAACCUGUUCUUGAAAAAAUACAAACAUAAACUCAUUCUGUCACUAUAAUUUCACUGUUUUGUGUCAAGAAGACAAUUCAAUUAGAUCGUUAUGCCUGGAGCUGGGAACAUGAGUGCAAAAAUUGAAAAAUUGUUCAUGAUUAGUGUUAUAUUUAUAGUUGAUAAAACAAUGGUAGUAACACUAUUUGCAGUGAGAGGAAAUCUAGUUAAUAAUCAUACCCAAUAAACUUAACUGUCACUCAAAAAAACAAAAAUCAAAGGUAAGAUGUCACAUACAAGGCUCUAAGGUUUGUCCUAAGAUUACUAACACACUCUCACUCAAACUGACCCUACUUUAGAAAUUAUUUUAUUGGAUUAGAUUUGGGAGUUCCUAUUCUAAAGCAAAUUAAAUCCUAGAAUUCUAAGGAUAAUAAUCUGAACAUCAUCUAUAAACACAUUGUUUUCUAAAUUCCCUUUCAACAUUGGUCAGAGUAUAAUCUUAAACAGUUUAUAAUCAGUAAAGAGAAAUGAACUUCAAAGAAAAAGGAAGAACUUCCUUGAGUAGAAGAAUCAUAAGCUCAUUAAAGAUUCAUGUGAUUAUAUUACUCUAACUUCUAUAUUAAAAGUCAUUAGUGAGGUAACAGAAAGUAGGCAUAUUUAACCAAAGUAAGAAGCAAUAGCUGACAAUUAGAUAAGACAAAAUAUAAUGAGAUGACAAUUAUGAUAAUGUGUUGCAGGAGAAACUUAAACGGUUCUUAUUCUUAAUAAGGAAUGUUAAUGAAAGAACAUUGUUAUAUUUUGCAUGGAUCACUUUUAAGCUUAAGAAGGCAUGUUACACAGUGUUUUAUCAAAAGUAGUUAAAGCUAUAUAGUUUUAGACUUUUAAAGAGAAACAUGUCAUUUGACUACAGAACCUUUAGAUAGAAUGCUUUAUGCUUGAGUGAUGCUAGAUGGCGUACUACUAUAUUACAUUUCAACAAUGAAAUGCUUCUGUAUCUUGCUUCUUCGCUAAUCCAAAUCAGUCUUAUUCUGAAACACGAGAAGGAAAUUUGCAGUGUAACUAGUAGGCUGUGAUAUUUUAAUAAAUUUUCAAAGAUAAUUGAGGAAACAUGAAACUUGUUCAUCAUAUCUGUGUCUACAAUAAUGUGAGUCAAUUAUAAUCCAUUUCUGAUAUGUCUUCUGCAGCUCUCUGCAGCAGACAAAUGUCAUUUUUAUGUUUGUGUGCCAAGAAAUAAAAUUUUUUCUAAAGGAC